AAGCGCGGCAGCCGACGAGGCUUCCCUUUACCAAGAUGGCGGACGACAGUGAGACAGCGGUGAAGGGGACGGCAGGCGAGGAGAAUGACCACCAACAUUGCAGCGAUUGUGAGAACGAGGACGAGCACAGUUACAACCAAAGUGGCUUAAGCCCAGCAGAUGACAGCGUGGGUAAAAAGAAGAAAAAGAAACAGAAGCGGAAGAAAGAAAAGGGGGAACAAUUUGAUCUGGUCCAAGAUCAAUCAGCAAAGGUGAAUUCAUUGCCAGCAGAAAGGAUGCAGGAGAUUCAAAAAGCCAUCGAGCUCUUCUCUGUAGGACAAGGGCCUGCCAAGACCAUGGAAGAAGCCACCAAACGCAGCUAUCAGUUCUGGGAUACACAGCCAGUGCCCAAGUUAGGUGAGGUAGUAAACACCCAUGGACCUGUUGAGCCAGACAAGGACAACAUCCGUCAGGAGCCCUAUACCUUGCCUCAGGGCUUUAUGUGGGAUGCCCUGGACUUGGGGGAUCGAGGUGUGCUGAAGGAACUGUAUACUCUCCUGAAUGAAAACUAUGUGGAAGAUGAUGACAACAUGUUUAGGUUUGAUUAUUCCCCUGAAUUUCUCCUGUGGGCUUUGCGUCCUCCAGGCUGGCUUCCUCAAUGGCACUGUGGCGUCAGGGUCAUCUCAAGCAAAAAGUUGGUUGGCUUCAUCAGUGCUAUUCCAGCUGCUAUCCACAUAUAUGAAACGGAAAAGAAGAUGGUAGAAAUAAACUUCCUUUGUGUGCACAAGAAACUGCGUUCCAAGAGGGUGGCACCUGUUCUGAUCCGGGAGAUCACCCGACGGGUCCACUUGGAAGGGAUUUUCCAGGCAGUGUACACAGCUGGUGUAGUUCUACCAAAGCCUGUUGGGACAUGCAGGUAUUGGCAUCGGUCACUGAAUCCACGCAAGCUGAUUGAAGUCAAAUUUUCCCACCUCAGUAGGAAUAUGACUAUGCAACGCACCAUGAAGCUUUAUCGGCUUCCCGAGGCUACAAAGACACCGGGGCUACGGCAAAUGGAGCACAAAGAUAUCCCUGCUGUGCACAAACUUCUGGCAGAAUAUUUGAAACAAUUCCAUUUGUCCCCUAUCAUGAAUCAGGAAGAAGUAGAGCAUUGGUUUUUGCCCCAGCCCAACAUCAUUGACACAUUUGUAGUUGAGAAUACUGAUGGGAAGGUGACAGAUUUCCUGAGUUUCUACACACUGCCCUCCACCAUUAUGAACCAUCCUACACACAAGAGUUUGAAGGCAGCCUAUUCUUUCUACAAUGUCCACACCAAAACACCCCUUCUUGACCUCAUGAACGAUGCCCUCAUAAUGGCCAAAUUGAAGGGCUUUGAUGUUUUCAAUGCACUGGAUCUUAUGGAAAACAAGACCUUCCUGGAGAAGCUGAAGUUUGGGAUUGGUGAUGGAAACUUGCAGUAUUACUUCUACAAUUGGAAAUGCCCCAGCAUGGGACCAGAAAAGGUUGGCUUGGUGCUGCAAUAGCCAGUUUUCUCUGAAGAAGGGCAGGCGGAGGCUGAAGUCUGGGGCCAAUUGCCAGCAUGGAACUACCAGUCCUCAUGGUUCAGAGUUCCAUGGAAGUGACUUUGUCCUGGGGAGGAACCGGUGCCCACUGCACUGGCCACGUGACCUGACAUUUCUGAUGAUGGUAUCAUGUGCCACUGAGCACACCAGUGUGUCUCUGCCAGCUCUUGGCCCUUCCCCUCCCCCUGCCCCUCAUACAACAUGAUCAAGGGAAUGUAACUGCUGAGAACUAGCUCGCAAUUGGCAUAUAUUGGAGUUAACGGGUGAAUAAUAAUAAAAAUGAUAUUAUAUAUUCUAUAUUUUAACAAUGAUUACUAUUCAUCUGAAGUGGAAACUGGGGUGGAACCAUCAGGCAGUAUAGCUUUUUAAUCUUAGAAUUAUUGUUCAAAGAAAUAUUAAUUGCCUGGUGGUUUAUUAUGAUGAUUUUUGCAAGAAGACCAAAAAUUUGGUUCUUUGGAUUUUCAUCAGAAAAGUAUAAUACAUUGUAUUCCAUCACACAAGUAUAUCCCCCCUUUUUGUGAUGCAAAAGAGAAUCUGAGCUGCAGUAUGUGAUUGGCCUAGAUAAGGGUAGUUUUAAGGCCAGUUUUCAGUUUUUACACAGCACUAUGGCCUAUUUCACUCCGAACCCCUGUUGAGAUAACUUUCUUUUAAAAACCAAAGGGCUAUUUUAAUGAUGGAUGAUCUUUACUUCAUGGUGGAGUAGGGUAUGAAUCCCAGCCAUUGUUCCCUGGAUGUGCACUAAUAAAACUAUAGUACAGUGUUUGAAUUACCAAAUGUACAGCUUGUGGCUUUUCGCUUAUAAAAUCCAUACCUGUUUCUGUGGGUGCAGUUCUCCAGUUUCCUCCAAAAAAUGUAAUUAUUGGAGGGAAUGCAAUAUCAUGAAUGUUUCUAGCAAUACUAUCCAACACAUCUAUUGUUCUAAACUUUAGUUCUCUGACUUGCAAUCAACUUACAUUGUCUAGCUUUGAAAAGAACUGUUUGUGCUUUCCUUUCGAUUCCAUUGAAUUUCCAAUGAAAAUCAGCUGAUAAAAUGAGAAGCUCUGCUGGCAAUUUUGCUAGUGCUUGCAUAAAACUCAGAAAAUACCAGGCAAGCUAGAAUGAAAAUGGCAAUCUAUAAUCAAAAUGUAUUCAAUGUAUUAUAUAGGAUGUAAAACCUUUGUUGCUGGGAUAAAUGUUAGUUAGGCUGUAAUCUUCUUUUUGAAAUUGAAAAAGAGGUUCCUCUGUUUAGGGUCCCAGAUUGGGGAAGGGGCCCAAUUUAACUGUCCAGUUAAAACAACCCAAAAAUGUUUGACUGAUGGGGGUGAGUUCAGAAGCAAGCAUGCUUAGGAAGAUAUACUUGGGUCUUUGUCAAGACUGGCUUUUGGAUAUAGUCUUAGCUUAGUUCGUAUUAGUGAACUUGGAUCUAGACCUUAGUACAUGUAAAGAACUGGAGGCCUCCAAAUGUCACUGCACUACAGUUCCCUGCAGUCCCAGGCAGCAGGACCAACGGUGAGGAAUGCUAAGACUUGCAGUUCAGUAACAUCUGAAGGUCCUCUCCAUUGCAUUAUUUCAGACUGUUGUGCCGCAAUAUGACAGCAAAAACUAAAAAUUCUUCCGAUAUCUGAUUAGUAUGUCACUAAGAAGAUUCUCAUAUUUUUGUUAUCACCAUCAUCAUCUUCUCAUCUCAUUUUCUUCUCAUCUCAUUUUCUCAAUGAAAGGAUUGGAUCAUACAGUGUAAAUCAAGAUAAAUUUAGCUUAUCAAGAUAAGUUUAUUGGCAUAAUAAAGAGAACAUGUCUGUGAGUAUAGAUUUUUCAUGUCAGGGAAAAUAUGAUGAUAAAAGAGCACAUUUCUAGCUAUGUGACUUUUAGUCAACAUCAUCUAUGUGAUGGUUAGAACACAAAGGGCAAUAUAGCAUAGAGUGCCUAAUCCUAGAGUUUAUAUACUGCCCUGUGCUUGUUUUGGAGAAAAAAGGCAUUUUGGAAAGUUAAAACAAAUCUUGUGGAAAAAUUUCUUUUUUUUUCAGAAAACUGCACAUUUCUUGUGUCAUUCCUUUCAAUUAGUGAAAGAGAUCUACAUUGAAGAAAAAUCCUUCUAUUUGCACAGUUGGUUUAAUGCUUGCAGUGGCAGGACUAGAAACAAUGAAACUUCAAUAUGAUCUCUCUGUCUUUGCUAACUUUGUCCAAGUUGCCUUUAAUGUAGUAUCGAAAAUUCACUGUUAACCUUUUUGGGAUGUAAUUUUUCCCAUAUAUGAUGGGGUAGAAAAAAAUGCCCUUGCUUUCAUUUGAAAUGAAAAAUGCUUCUCAUCUAGGCUUUGGAAGCUUCAUUCUAAUAUUUGCUUAUAUUGCAGAAGUGCUGCUGAAUCCAGAUUCUGUACACACUUUAGAAAACGAAAAUCUAGCAUUUUUGUUUGGUAUUUUAGUUUCAUUUUCAUUUCAGUUACAGUUUUGGUUGUGUACCAUGUUGAUAACUUUGGAGUCCCAGUCUCUUGUGCAUGUUGUGGCCUCUUUGUAGCAUUUGUUGAAUAUGAGAAAUGUGAAACAUCCCUUUUUAACCCCCUCCUAUGCUUCAUGAGGGGGAUCUUGAGAACUUAAUUUUCAUUAAAGAUCCAAUUAUUAUCCAUCUUUAAAAUUUGCAAAAUUAAUGCAUAAGCAAAUGCCAUAAAAAGUGUCUUCAACUAGCUUGUAUUCUAAAAAUAGAAGUAGCAAGUAUAGCAAUAAUUGAUUGUUAGGACAGGGCAUAAAUACAGGACAAGAAAUAAUGUGCUAGCUAAAUAUUAGUGCAAGUACAAUCCCAGUGUAUAUGUUCUUAUAUGGAUAGGAUGCACAUGAGAUCUCUCCAAUAUGCUCAAGCAUGAAUUGGCAUGAAUUAAUUGCCACGGAAAAACAGCAGACUAUCAUUCUUCCUUAGCAUCAUUCUAUCCACAUGCCUAAAAGUGCUUCCACACUUAUUGUUCACUUUUUCAGAUCCUGUAUUGUAAUCAGUGGUAUUUUGCUUAGACCUUCUUCCAGCCAGCCUCUGCUGAAUAGUUAAGGUUGUGUCAAGUAUAACUGAAUGAUUCAAUAAUUUCAGUGAUUUAGGAGAGUGACAUUCUCAUAAGUUACCAUUUGCAUCGUUGCAUGACACAUUUUUGGGAUGGCCCUCCUGUGUCUUAUAACUUGCAAUUGAAAGUGACUUAUGUGAAGAGUAGGGGGUCUAUUGAGAAUAGAUAAUUCUUAUUCCUGUGAGGUGGUAAGAAGGCUAUCUUCAAGAGAAUGCUGUUUAUUUGAGAAACAGGAUGGAAUAAAAUUUGAACAUUUUUAUAUAAGGAAGCAGGUUUUCCUAAAGUAUAUUGACUGACAGGAUUAUGUAAUUUAACUGAUGUGUUAGUCUGUAAGAACCACAAGAACCAUUGGGUUGAGCAAGCUCUUAGUUUAAUGCUUGACUUCCUCCUUAACUAGCCAGGUAUGGAGGAUUACGCAGUAGAAUCUUAAGUGCAAUGUGUAGUUACUUUAAUUUGUGACAAAAUGCCACACCCAUCUCAGAUUGAUACAUCUUCCCUCUUCAUUAAGAAAUGACUAUAAAAUUACUUUUCUAAAGGACAGACAUCAUAGCAAUCGGGGAAAAAAACACUAUCAUUCAUCUGCUGGAAACUGUUAACAUUUUUCCCUCUAGAAUUUAGGUUUGCUUCUCAGUUUCUGUUAGGCAAAAAAACCCAGGCCUUUGGUCCAAGUGUUGCUGAUAUUGCCUUGGCAUAAAGUUUUUAGAAACUGUUGCAUGAAUUUUGUGGCCAGAAGUUGACUUAUGACUUCUCUGACUUAGGUACUUGCACAUGAAAAUGGGAGUGACUUUCUCCCUAAAAUACAUUUCAGCUAUACUUGCAUUACAAAGUACUUAGCAUUUUUCAUAUAUGUUUUACCAUAUGGGAAAAAAGCUUUUAGGUCUGCACAGCCCAAGGAAAUCUGGAUUUUAAGAGGAAAUCUACACUUAACAGCUUAUCUGACUUAAAAAACAAAACCUCAUGGCUGCAGAAGAAUAAGGAAAAAAACAAGUUUAUCCCAAUCAGUAUUGCCCAGAUAUCACAUAUAUUCAGGGAACUGAUCACUCAGAAUUCUGUUCCUAGUAGCAAUAACAGCUUUACUCUUUUUUGUUGUUUGUGUGUUCCAUGGAACUUGGAUACUUCUCUGACACUAGAUCAUUUGUUAAAAUAAAACAUUUUAUUCUACUUAUUCAA